AUGUUCCUCGCAUCAUGGCUCGUUUUCGAAAUCCUGGUCCUAUCUGCCAGGUUGGAAGAUGAUGACGACGACGACGCUGCCGCCCCCUUAAUCGAACCCCCCGCUCAACCUCACCAAACCGUAAUAGUACUCCACACAUUCUGGGCCGCCGCCGCAAUCCUCAUCCACGCCAGCGUCUUCAGCCUCCCCGCCCGCACGGUGAUCCAGCUCAUGCAGGGCACACCCAUUGGCUUUACAGGCUGGCUAGGCCUCAUCUCAAACCUCCUUUCCUACAGCCUUCCACUGUGGAUCGGCAGUUUCUUCCGGCUGCAUAUACGCGCGAGCACAGCGCGCCUGAUGGGGGCCGCAAUUGCCAUCGUCAUGGCCCCGCCAUUUGACAGGGAGACGAUCGAAUGGUACUAUGUUGUCCCGUUUGUAUUCAUCUGCCUUGUCCAGGCCGAGAUCGUUGUGUUUUUCUUCCAUAACCGCCGCGGCCAGGUCCUUGUUUUGAUGCAGCUGCUCUGUGUGGUUGUUCAGCCGGUUUUGUUCUACACCCUGUUGUAUGAUCCCGUGGGGACGCACCAGCCCGCUUGGUUCAAGUGGCUUGGGUAG